AUGAAAAUUAUUGCGUUGGCCGUGCAUUUUCUUCUCUUUUAUCUUCAACUUUGCUCCUCUGCACUUACCACUAACAAUGGAUCCUUUAAUGAUGAGCAGCCUCUACUUGCCUUCAAGAAUUCCAUCACUUUUGAUCCAAACAAAGUGUUAUCAAUUUGGGAUGCCAACACUAACGUCUGCAAUUGGACAGGCAUUUCAUGCAACAAGUUGAUGAGAGUGACUGAAAUUGAUCUUGGCAGUAGGGGUUUAGUGGGUUAUAUUUCUCAUUUCUUGGGAAAUCUUUCCCUUUUAGAAUUUAUAGAUAUCUCCAAUAACUCUUUCCAUGGUGUUAUUCCAGAGCUCGGCCAGAAGCUCAGCAAUCUACGAGGAUUGGUUCUUUGGGGGAAUCAGCUUAGAGGACCAAUACCCACAUCUCUGGGUAAUUGUUCCAAAUUGGAAAUUCUUUACCUCACUUUCAAUAAUCUCACGGGCACAGUGCCUCUUCAAUUGGGUAAGUUGAGCUCUCUCCAACGUCUUUUACUGGAUCAUAACUUCCUCACCAGCUCAAGGACUCUGCCGUUUCUUCCAGCUCUUAUUAAUUGCUCUUCCCUGCAAACCUUAUACUUGGGUUAUAAUUAUCUCGCUGAAGAUUUGUCCCCUUCCAUUGGCAAGCUGUCUACCAAUCUCUCUGUAUUCUCCUUAGGGUAUAACCUUAUAGGAGGGAGCAUACCUCAAGAAAUUGGGAAUCUUGCCAACUUGACAUAUAUGGAUUUUGCCGGUAAUGCGUUGACUGGCCCCAUUCCAUCUACACUAGGAAUGCUUCCGCAAUUGGAACAAUUGUUUCUGGGCCAAAAUAAAUUGCAGGGACCCAUUCCAAGCGAGAUUGGUGCCCUUAAGCGUCUAGGGCUACUUUCUCUCCCAUUUAACCUGCUUACUGGACAAAUUCCUCAUAGUAUUGGCAAUCUUCCCCAGCUAAGGCGCCUUCAUCUUCAUCACAAUCAAUUUGAUGGAAGGGUACCUUCCGCUCUUGGGAGAUGUUGA